GUGAAAUCUUGUUGAUUUUUUUUUUCUGUUGGCCUUCCCCAGCUCUGGCUGUAUUUGAUGAGCUGGGCAUGGGUGGGCCCCACUGAAUCGCAUGGAUUGCUCAGGGCACUAAAUGGGAAUAUGGCCAAUAGCAUUGAAGAUCUUAUCGGGAUUCCAUUCCCAAACCACAGCAGUGAAGUCUUAUGUGGUUUAAAUGAGCAGCGGCAUGAUGGUCUCCUCUGCGAUGUCAUCCUCAUUGUACAGGACCAGGAAUACCGGACCCAUCGGUCUGUUCUUGCUGCCUGCAGCAAGUACUUCAAAAAACUCUUCACUACUGGCACUUUAACAGACCAGCCCUAUGUUUACGAGAUUGACUUUGUCAAGCCUGAAGCACUUUCUGCAAUCCUCGAGUUUGCCUACACCUCAACCCUCACCAUCACCACCUCAAAUGUCAAGCACAUCCUCAGCGCCGCCAAAAUGCUGGAGAUCCAGUGCAUUAUCAAUGUAUGCCUUGAAAUCAUGGAGCCUGACAGAGAGGUGGAAGAGGAAGAUGACAAAGAGGAUGACAACGAUGAGGAGGAUGAAGAUGAAGAUGAGGAGGAGGAGGAAGAGGAGGAAGAAGAAAUGGAAGAUUUUGUCAGUCAGGAGAACCUAACUGAUGUCCAAGAAGUAAGCUGUCACCAAAGCCCUUCUAAGUCUGAUCUUACUGAAGAAGCAUACACAGAAGCACCUAAAGACUUUCUAAAUCACUACCCAGCCAAUAACUCCUCUGGACACUUGGGUGUGAUACGAGACUUCUCCAUCAAUUCCUUGCUAAGGGAAAACUUGUACCCUAAGGUGAACAUCCCAGAAAGGAGGCCAGCUCUCUCUCCUUUCACCCCCAACUUCUUCCCCCACCUGUGGAACGGCGAUUUUAGCUCCUUUUCCCAGCUCGAAGAGCCACAAGUAGACAAUGGCCCCUUGGAUCUGGUGAUCAAAAAGAGAAAGAUCAAGGAAGAGGAGAAGGAAGACCUACCUCCGCCUCCUUUCCCUAAUGACUUCUUCAAGGACAUGUUUACCAACACCCCAGCAGCUCCCUUAGGGCAUAUUAAGGCAGAGACCAACUAUAGCGCUUAUCUCAAUUUCCUCAGUGCUACCCAGUUCAGAGGAGUUUUUCCUCCCUGGCCCCUGGAGGAAGAGAGGAAGAUAAAGCCCAAGGCGUCCCAGCAGUGUCCCAUCUGUAACAAGGUCAUCAUGGGGGCUGGAAAGCUGCCCCGGCACAUGAGGACCCACACGGGGGAGAAGCCGUAUAUGUGCACUAUCUGUGAAGUCCGCUUUACCAGGCAGGACAAGCUCAAAAUCCACAUGCGGAAGCACAUGGGGGAGCGGCCAUAUCUGUGCAUCCACUGCAACGCCAAGUUCGUGCACAACUAUGACCUGAAGAACCACAUGCGCAUCCACACAGGCAUACGGCCCUACCAGUGCGAGUUCUGCUACAAGAGCUUCACCCGCUCUGACCACCUCCACCGCCACAUCAAGCGGCAGAGCUGCCGGAUAGCACGGCCGCGGAGGGGCCGCAAGCCUGCAGCGUGGCGGGCAGCCAGCCUGCUCUUCACCCCCAGCAGCCCACCGGUGGACAAGGCCUUUGUGAUGCCCCCCGUUCUGGAGGAGAUGAACCUCGGCGGCGCCGCCAUGUGCCUUCCCGGCCCCAACCCCAAGCAUUUUAUGAGCGGGGCCAAGACAGCAUUCAGCCUGCAGGAGCUGGAGAGCCAGUUCGAGAACACCCAGAUGAAGCUGCUCAGGCGAGCCCAGCUGGACAUGGAGAGGAACACGGGCAUUUUCGCCUUCACCCUGGGCCACAACGAGAACCUUAUGGCCCAACCCUUCUUCCCACUCAGCGACCCCUGGAGCACAGGCUUCAGCGGCCUGGCGGGGCUUGGCCACGUGGCUCCCAUCUCGGAGGCCAGCAACUAGCCCCACUGUGGGGCUGCUGCCUUCCUCGCCCGCCGCAGGCUCGCCAAGCGAGCUGACCCCGCACCGGCCGCAGCCCGCUGUCCCCGGCACUUUAGACUCAGUGAUGCACUCGGCUUCGGUGGUCCUGUCCAGGAAGGCCAGGCCAGGGCUGCUGCACUCCUCAAUGCUCCUGAAAAUGUCACUUGCCUUAGUCCGGGGCACGGCCACCCCCCUGGGACCACUCUGCUGGGAAACCCACGGGGUGUACUGGACGCCCGCAAGCCGUCCAGGCUUGGUUUUGAUAUGUUACAUUCCUUGUCCCUUUUGGUCAAAAGGACUUUUGGGGGUUAUUGUUUUUUGGUUUUUGUUUUGUUUUGUUUUGUUUUUUAGUUAAAUUCCAAUGUCUGGCAACAAAAUUUGUUCCAAGAGGGGUCCUGGUGGAAGAGUGGGGUGAGCAGGGCAGCUCCGCACUGCCGCAGCCUGGAGAAGGGAGGGGGUCGGCUUUGUGGGGCUGUGUGCGAUGUGUUGGGACCCUAAACAAUCAAAAAAGAUUUUGGAUAUCACCCAGACGAAACCUGGGUGGAAAAGGGGAAUUUUGUUACUUUGGUUCUUUGGCCAUUUCUAAAGAUCAGACAAACCCUGUUUUGAGCAUUUUAACUUCAGUUGCUUAAAAAGGUAAAGAAAGUUUUUUGGAAGGAUCAGAAAUGUUUUGAUCUAGAGCUUUUUUUAAAUCCUUGCUUUGGGAAAAGAAACCAUGAGGGAAUAUUGAAAUGAGAAAGUCGUUUCAAACCAAAGAGUCAGGAGAGCUCAGUGAGAAUUUGCCGCCACUGACCGUGUCUGGAUUUUUGUCCUUAAUUCCCCCCUGCCCCUAAUUCCUAUAUAUAUUUUGAUGACAAAAAUUUUACAAAACACUUGGAUGUCCCUGAAUCUGCAAUGCUGAUCAGAAAAAAAUUCAGUGCUCAAAUUUCCCUGCUGCUGGUCUCAAGGGAUCUUUAGGGGAAAGGAGGCCAUUAAAGAUUUCUUGCAGACAAGGUUGUCUACUUGCAAGCAAGUAGAAA